ACGGUUUCCUGGAGCACGAAGGUGGACCAGGGAAAAUAGCUUACGGAUGGUUGCUUGACCACAGUGGUAAGGCUACGUUUAGAAGGCAGCCAUCUUGCAAUCCCUAAUCAAAGAUCUUCGGCUAGCGGCUAUCGCUGUCUGGUUUUCAGCCGGUUAAUAUCAACACACAGUUCAACAAAUGGCUUUAAAACGAAUUAAUAAGGAGCUUCAGGACCUUGGUAGAGAUCCACCUGCGCAAUGCUCUGCUGGUCCAGUAGGAGAUGACUUGUUCCAUUGGCAGGCGACUAUUAUGGGACCACCUGACAGUCCAUACCAAGGAGGAGUAUUUUUCCUUACAAUUCAUUUCCCCACAGAUUAUCCCUUCAAACCACCUAAGGUUGCUUUUACAACCAGAAUCUAUCACCCAAAUAUCAACAGUAACGGAAGUAUUUGUUUGGAUAUUUUAAGAUCGCAGUGGUCUCCGGCACUUACCAUAUCGAAAGUGUUAUUAUCAAUAUGCUCCUUGCUGUGUGAUCCAAACCCGGACGACCCUCUGGUACCAGAGAUAGCAAGGUUAUACAAAACCGACAGGGAGAAAUACAAUGAAUUGGCACGUGAAUGGACGCGCAAGUAUGCCAUGUGAUGCGUCAAUCUCCGUUGACUUCAACAUCUAAAAGCCACCAACAAGCAGCCCCAGCCUAUUGCCACUUAUGCAUCAGCACCGAUUGAAAUUAGCUAUGGCUCGUCUACUUUCAAACUUAAGCCGGUACUCUGGCUCGAGGAAUGCUCAGACGUUGCCACAACGGCAAUUGAGGCAAUUUGAAAGGUGGUCACAUAACAUUAUAUAUAUAUAUAAAAAUCAGGAUAAACAAAAAACAGAAACAUGUCCGCUUUGAUUUUCAUAAAUAAAAAAAUGGAAGUAAAAUAUAGGAGAGUGAAAGUAGGAUUUGUAUUUGAAUUUCAUAGUUUAAUUUUUAAUUAUUGUGCUUAUAUCAUAUUAUAUACCUACUUUCUCAGUGAAAUGACAAAAAAAGAAUACCUUUUGAACUGACAGCACACCGAUUGUUAGUUUUAAACGCAAGUGAGCAAUGUUUGCCCGUCCUUUGGAACGAUGCGGUCACUUUUUUGUAAGACUGGGCUAUAUAUAAAUACUACUGAAACUAUACCUGUA